GCCUUGUGUUCAAGAGACAGAUUCGAUUUUUGCUAGCAGUGGAAGCUAGAAGAGCACCCCUGCAUACAUUCUAACCUGCGUUUUCAAGCAAAUCAGACUUCCCGUCCAUUAUAGCUGCGUAAUGUCGUCCGAAAAUCUAUCAGAUACUCAGAUGGAAUAUGAGGAUGAAAAACAGGUGGGUUUAAUAUCAUGACACUAUCUUGAGUUUGCCAGCUAGCUAUGACGCUAGCUCUAUGUUUGUUGUAACGCGUUACAAGUGAAGUGUUUGAAUUGAUAGCUAGCUAGUUAGCUUUCGUUAUGGCAUCAAACCUUUAAACGUCUCGUUUACCAGCAGUGACAGUGUGUAUAAAUCUUUUGGAAAGGUCUUGAGUAAGAUUUACGUGUCUCUCGAUAAGCAAUAAUAACAUAGGUACUGUAUAUUAUUGAGUUAUUUAUUGAGUUUUCCUUUGUGCCAUUGGCUCGCUAGUCCACAGGUUAUGAGAUAUACCUGGGCCUCAUUGGUCUAUCCAGACACUGCAGUAGUUGAGCCUGAGGUUGAGUCUUCAGGCUUUCGAGACUGUCAGGCAAACAAUAAUAUUGUAGCCUAUCCUUUGAAAUCUGUGUUUCAAUGGAAACCAGGGUCAAUCAUCACAGUCACUUAUAUGCUAGCUGAUCAGUCACACAAAGCUUAUAAGGAUGUAUAAGCUAGAUCUAUUGAUUCAUACUCGUUUUCAGUCCCCUAUGUUUUGUGAAUGUUGUUAUUUAAAGUGUUGCACUGAUAUUAGGCUUAGCUAUAUAUAAUAUAGGCCUAUCUAUAUCAAUAUGUGACAGCUAUCAAAUGGAGUACACUGAUGAAAAGGCACUUGUACAGGCAGCAUCCUGAUUGGAUGCUGGUGAAGGUCAGAGUUCAGGUGAGUCUGUUGACAAACCCACUGGUCAUAUCAAUAUGCAUUGACUAGCAUGUCUACAUAGGGAAGGUACUGAUGCGACACUUUGUCUUAUCAAUGCUAAGGGGUGCUAUUAAUACAAUGGUCUUUUGAUACAAUGGCAAGAAGAGAAACCGGUCAUGUGGGAAAAUAACAUUUCAUGGUAGCUAGCUACUAUGGGGUCUAGCAGUUUGGAACUUUUUUAGGGAGUGGAAAGUAUCUGGUCCACUCUUGCAUUUUCCAUCAUUGGGGCUGAAUAUAGCAACUUUUACAUUUUCGUUAUGGAUCCAAGUGAAUCAGCAAGGGAAUCUGUUCAUCGGCUUCUCUACCUUGAGUCACUUAUUAUUCCUGCCCCAGCAAGCUUUGCGUUCACUGUCCUCUGCAUGGAAUGGCAGAUAUUCUCCUGUACUUCGAUUGCAGUGUUUUGUGGGUUUCUCAAUGUUUUCUUAGCUUUAUUUAGCCAGAUAAGUUACAAUGUGUUGUAAGUUAACAAUGGGCAAUUCCAUGUCAACAGUGAUAAAAUAAAAUAAAAACAUACAUGCACAAGGACUACUUUCCACAGAAAAUUUGACAAAAACAUAUUUACUUGAAGAACAGUGCAGAUAGAGGUUGGUAACAGAAUGACGGGUUGUGCUGUUUGAGCUGUCAUUCUGUUACCAAACUUUGCAUCUGCACUGUUCUUUAAGUACAUUUAUUUUUAUUUUGUAUUAUUCUGUGAAAAUUGUUAAAAGUAUUCCUUGUGCAUGGAGUUGUAUGGUUUGUUUAGCUUUGCAAUCAUUGGUUUUUGUUUGACAUACAUUUUAAAGUGAAAGAUCAGUCUUAGCUUCACUCUGUUACUGUGGAAUUGCCCCAAUAGAGAAUACUUAUUUUGCUGACUUCUGCUCAGAGUCUACCUGUACUGUGGACAAUAACAGGGUGUGUCCUGUUAACGUACUUUCCACUGGCCUCGUUCCAUGGACUCCACACUGGCAGAAAAGGGUAAACCAGUUUGUCUAGUGCAGGAGUUGACUCCAGUAAACCAUAGGCUUACACCUUACAAAAAGCUUUAGCAUGAAGGUGUCAUGUGAACACUAGAACCACUCUGCAAGCUCUGUGUACCUAGACUUUGGUCAGCAAUUACUCAAGGCCUGUUUCUGUAUCAUAUUUUUACAAUAACCAUAAAGUAACGCCACCCUUGGCUUGUAUAUAUUUGCAGACAAACGGCUUUAUGAGGGGAAAACAAUAACAUGUCAGUGAUGGGGUAACAAGGCUGUUUUGUCCACAUCAGCUGAGGAAAAGUGUGUGAGAGAGGGGGAAAUAAUAGAUGUGAAGCUGCUUUCUAGUCACACUUAAUUCUUACUCGAUCAUAAUACUCGUCUUCUGAGUGAGUUGUUUAUUACAGGCAACCAUGAGGGCGUGAGAGAUAGUGUUGCAGGAGAGCAUGCAGAGUGUGACUCAUACUAUGAAGACGCUUCAACUCCCUCAAGUCAUUUUCAUGGCAUUAGCCCACUUCACAGCUGAAAUGAGUAGGGUUAGGCUAUAUGAUUCAGAUGCAAUCCUUUCUGAAGAGCACAGUGCCAGCCCAUUAAUCUUGUUGUUUUGUCAUCAUCAGACCAUCUUAUAACCUUCUUAUUAGUUUUAAUGUCACAAGUACAGUGAAAUGCCUUUCUUCAACCACUAAAUCCAACAAUGCCGUAAUCAAUAACAAUGUAAUACUAAAAAUAAUAUAAGGUAGAACAAAAACACACAAGAAAUAGAAAUAAGAAGAACACGAGAAAGUAAGUAAGAAUACUAUAUACAGGGUCAGUCAGUUCCAGGACCAUAUUUACAAUGUGCAGGGAUUCUGGAAGAAUAGAGGUAGAUAAUUAUAGGGGUAAGAUGACUAGGCAUCAGGUUAUAUUACUGCAUAUCACAAGGCGUUGGACAGUUAAAUGGAGAAUGUCUAUUUUAAAAGCCUAUGCUUUUUCUUCUCUGUGCAUCAUGGCUGACAUUAUGAUGAGGGAUAUAUAAGCGUAGGCUACAUAGGCCUACUGUUUUGAUGUUUCUCCUCUUUAGCAAAAUUCCUUGCGCAUAGCAAGUAACACCCAUAUGACGGCACAUCGAAAUGUUUUCUUUGUCUGGACAGGACUCUCAGGAAAAGAAUGCCAACCUUGUGAAGGGCGAAGAGGUCAAGCUGAAGGCCAAGUACCCCGGCCUGGGCCAGAAGCCUGGAGGCUCUGACUUCCUCAUGAAGAGGCUACAGAAAGGGGUAAGUGGAACCCUUCUCCUGGAGAGCCACAGAGAAUACAUGCUUUUGAUUCGGCAUGUUAGUUUAGUGCUAGGCUGGAACAAACGCCUACACACCCUUGUUGACCACUUGACUAGGAAAUCGCAUAGGCUUCGAAUAGUCCUCUUUAAGACAUUUCAAUACGUUCUGCAUUUAUGAGGAUCUCAGAUUGCAUUGGCAUGUCUGUGACAGUAGCUAUGUUUCCAUGAACUUGUCCAGUGAUUUUUUUUUUCUUCGACAUUUAGAAAGUUCACAAAGAAAAUAGAUGCGACAAUUGCCGUUUCCAUUUAACUAACUUGUGUCAAUAAAAACAGCUGGACGUAAUGACCUCACACCUAAAAAUGACAUGUAAAAAAUUGCAGAAACCUACAGUGUCGCAUAACAAUAUAGUGGUUGAAGUGUUUCCAUUACCCAUUUAGGCAAAUUGCGCAUUAAUAAAUUGGUGACAGCCUGUAUGCCCUCCCACAUAUCUGUUUCAUGUCUCGGGUAUAGCCAGCGAAAGCCAGCAUGUAUAGAAUGCAAUAAUUUACUAAUAUUUGCCAUAUUCUAAUAAUUAUCAUAUGCCAGCGUAUCGCCACGGUCCGAACCAUGGAGAAACUUGCACUCCUAUAGAUCUGAAAUAAUUGGAUGUUGAAACUUGCCAGCCAACCAGAAAAGCAAGGCGAAGCAAUUCAGGCAUUCUUGAAAGUCAGGACAAUCCUUGUCCUGCAAAUAAACAUUAUUUUUAUAGUUGAAAAAAUGGAUUUAGCAAGCAGUAGACAUUUUAGAAUUAAAUGUGGUGUGGAGCUUUAUAGUUACUCGUGACAUCACGUACCCCACAUACAAUCAUCAUUUAUUCCAAAAACAUUGUCAAAUGUCGCAAUAAAGAAAGUUAGACAAAAUAAAAAUCCUGUCGAACGGAUAAAAAUGUUGUUGAUCUUUAGAACGUUUCUCCUAUAUCUGCCGUUUCCAUGACACGUCGCAAUGAUUCUUUUUGCGACAUUGCUUUUUUCGAAUAAACCAGGGUCAUUGGAAACCUACCUAUUGACAUGAACUAGCAGAAUUACUCCAGACAACCUGAAUUGAAUUCCUUCUAUCUUGCCCCCACCUAGCAAAAGUACUUUGACUCAGGCGACUACAACAUGGCCAAAGCCAAGAUGAAGAACAAACAGCUGCCCGUGGCGGGGCCCGACAAGAACCUCGUCACAGGGGACCACAUUCCCACGCCACAGGACCUGCCCCAGAGGAGGUCCUCCUUGGUGACCAGCAAACUAGCAGGCUAGCCUAGCCUCCACCCAUCCACCAGGCCCCUAGCUAACGUCCCUCACCUGUCCCCCAACGAUGUUCCUCCCUAGUCAUCUCCAGGCUCCACUUGGCUUUAACGUAUCGGGGAGAGCUGUGAAAGUCAGUACAUAUUGCUUGUAUGUGGGUGGGGAGGGGAGGGGAGGUGAGCUGGGACCUUAUCUACCAUCUCUCCACAC